AUGGCAUGGCAAGCCGAGUCUUUCUUCCCACAGUUCCGUCACGCCUUUCUCGUACUCGUCAUCCAGUACAAGCAGAAGCCGCUCCAUCUCAUCCACAAGAUCUUCAUCAUCCGAUGGAUCGCCCUCGGCCUUUGUGCCUCGCCGCCAUAA